AUGUGUUUCUAUGGCAUGGACAUUGUUGCUCGCUCUGGCUCCGCCUACCCUCAGUGCAUCCCUGUGGUCUUCAUCCUGUUCGAUGAAGACCAAUUCGGGUUCCUCUGGCUGCAACCGAAUUGCCUCAGCCUGUACAGCAGAGUCCAGGUCACCUUCCAGAAUGCAGAGGCACCAUCCCCACAGGCUUUCCAGGAGAUGCUCAAGAACAUUCAGUGUCUGAGAUCCGAGCCCCAGCCAACCCAGUCACAGCAGACGUUUCUGCAGGAUUCCUUUCUGAGCACCUUGAAGAUCAGCAUCCGGACCCUACCCACACUCCUGGAGCUGGCAGGAAGGAGCCUGCUGGGGGACCAGGCCUCAGCCAUCUCAGCUCUGGAGUACUUGCCCGCUGAGCUCUUCCCGCCGCUCUUCAUUCAGGCCUACCAUAGGAGAAUGUGGAAGCCCCUGAAGGCUUUGGUGCACGCCUGGCCCUUCACUGUCCUCCCUCUGGGGAGCCUGAUGAGGCUGCCUCUGUUCAUGGUCUUACAAGCAGCGUUUGAGGGGCUUGACGUUCUGCUUGCCCAAGAGAUUCGCCCCAGGAGGUGGAAACUGCGGGUGCUGGAUUUAAGGAACAUGAAUGUCAACCUCUGGAGAUUGUGGUGUGGAGACAGCUCCCAGAAGUGCGCUCAGACAGGACCAGUGGCUGUGCACAGCUCCAGCCCCAACAUGGAGCACCCCUUGGCUCCCUUGGAGGUGUUCCUAGACCUUAACUUCAAUGACAGGGACAGGGAUAAGUUUUUCAUGUACAUCAUCCAAUGGGCCCAGCAGAGAAAAGGGGCCAGGAAGGUCCUGGAUGCGGUGCAGCUGGACUGCAUCCAGGAGGUGGAAGUGGACUACACGUGGGACCUGCCCACCCUGGGGACAUUUGCUCUCUACCUGGGUCAGAUGAGUAACCUGCAGAGUCUCGCUCUCUGCCACAUCAAGGUGUUAGCUGAGGAUGACGAGGAGGUGGAAGAGGAAGAGGACUGUCUGGACCAGAUGCUUAGGUACCUGCAGACCCCCUUGGACAAACUCUCCAUAUGGCUUUGCUGGCGGCUGACACAUUCAGACCUGACAUACCUGUUCCAGUGCCCGAACCUGAGGCAGCUGAAGUCCCUGCAUCUGUAUGCCGCCAACCUCACCGAUUUUAGUCCCGAAACCCUCCAAGCUCUGCUGGAGGCAGUGACACCCACUCUCCAGGACCUGCGCCUGGAUAACUGUGCGAUGGUGGACUCCCAAGUCGAGGCCAUCCUGCCUGUCCUGAGCCGCUGUCACCAGCUCAGGGACUUCACCAUCUCCGAGAACCACCUCUCCAUGGCACCGUAA